UGCUACCUGAGUUUCGGUGAGGAGGAGGGGGGUGGAGGACUGAGGUGAGAGGGAAAAAAACACAGAGAUUAUCGUCUGCAGCUCUCUGGGAUACAUUUUUAUCCACUCAUUGUUUUUCAUCGACCUGUCACGUCCAAGUUCACCUUGCGUGGAGUGGGUCUGUGGGGAGUUUGGACCCACACACAGGAAACAGACCAGUUUUUCCCCCCAGCUGCCCAACAAGGAAGAGUUUCCUCCAACUUCCUGCUUUAGUCCAGUCAGCCGGGAUGGCGGUCACCCCUCGACGCGUGCGCCUCAAGCCGUGGCUGGUGGCCCAGGUGGACAGUGGACGGUACCCAGGGCUGGUUUGGAUGGACAGGGAGGCCAUGCGCUUUAGGAUCCCCUGGAAACACGCAACUAGACACACACCUCAACACGAGGAUGAGGACACCAUAUUUAAGGCGUGGGCUGUGGAAACUGGGAAGUUUCAGGAGGGAGUUGAUGAACCCGAUCCCGCCAAGUGGAAAGCCCAGCUUCGAUGUGCCCUCAACAAAAGCCGGGAAUUUAAACUCGUCUAUGACGGCACCAAGGAAGUCCCCAUGAAUCCCUUAAAGAUAUACGAUGUAUGCGAUAUCCCGCAGCCCAACAGUAACCAGACUCCUUCAGAUGCAGGAUCCCAAACCCCCUAUGAUGAGGCAGAUUAUGGAGAAGAAGAUGUUCCAGACACACCAGAGUCUCUUCCUCCGUAUCCAUCCACUAGAGCCAGUCCUUCUCCACUCCUUAUGUGGUCUCCAAUGGGGUCAGAAUCAUCCAUGCAGCCUCCCAGCUGCCCGCCUUCAAAAGAGGUCUGGCCCAAAGAGGAGCCUAAUGAAAUCUGGCCUAAAGAGGAGCCCGUAGAUGUAGAGAUGCCCCCCACCAACCUGGAUGAACUGCCCCCUGCCCCUCUUCCUGACCCCAUCCUGCAGCCGACUCCGCUUCCCGAUGCCUUCUUUGCCUCUCCGGAAAUGUGGAUCAGCUCCCUCCCAAUGACAGACUUGGAGGUCCAGUUCCUGUACAGAGGGAAGGAGGUCUGUCCCACCGUGACUGUGAGCAACCCACAGGGCUGCAGGCUGUUCUACGGGGACCUCGGACCCAUGGUCAACCAGGAGGAGCUGUUCGGGCCCGUGAACCUGGCACAGUUGCGCUUCCCGACCACAGAGCACAUCACCAAUGACAAGCAGAGGAUCUUCACCAAUCGUCUGUUAGAUGUGAUGGACCGAGGACUGAUCCUGGAGGUCAGCGGCCACGAUAUCUACGCCAUUCGUCUCUGCCAGUGCAAGGUGUACUGGUCUGGGCCCUGCGCUCCAAACCCAGCUGCUCCAAAUCUCAUAGAGCGGCAGAAGAAGGUCAAACUGUUCUGUUUGGAGUCUUUUCUCAGCGGUGUGGUAUCUCAACAGCGUGGCCAGGGAUCCAACCCUCCUCAGUUUGAGAUUAGUCUCUGCUUUGGGGAGGAGUGGCCUGAUGGAAGACCCAAAGAGCGCAAACUCAUCAUGGUUCAGGUCAUUCCUGUGGUAGCUCGGAUGAUAAGUGAGAUGUUUUCCGGAGACAACAACCUUUCAUUUGACAGCAGCAGUGUCCGCCUGCAGAUUUCAAUCCCAGAUAUCAAAGACAAUAUAGUGACCCACUUAAAGCAGUUGUACUGCCUAUUGCAGAACCACCAGGGCCAGGAAGGGUGGGCUCUUCCCCCCAACUCAGGCCUGAACAUUGCCCAUGCUCUGCAGACUCAGUAAAGCUGUGAACCAACUAGUAUACAUAUAUCUUUACAAUACUCUCUACUGCAGGGGUCUGCCUCUCUGUUAUCAAAGAAGUACUUGUGUGUAAUCCUGGUUAGAAGUAUGCACUCUAUGAUCUCUAUGCAUUUAAGCUUUUACUGGUAUAUCUGUGUUAUACAGUAGUUUGUGAUAUAGAAAUUGCAUGCCUGAAAUCCUACAUGAGGCUGUGCAGAAGCUAGAGAUAGUUGGUGAUUUUGCAGGCCAAAGUCCAUCUUGCUGGGGAGAAAUAUUUAUCUUUGUUAAUCAGUUACAGGUAUCGACAGUUGUUUUUAUCUACAUCCAGUAUGUGAUCGUUUGACUGUCCCAGACACUUGCGGUUCGAAAAGGGAUCUUAUUUGCUUUUCUAUCAUUAAACUUUAUAGGAAAUUAUAUCUAGGCGUUGUAUAUAUUAAAUAAAAAUAUUGGUAAGUGUGAAUUGAGAUGGACAUGAAUACAGAUUAUUUUCCAGUUCAUGCAGGAAUGUUUGUUCCAGUUGGCCCAACAAUAUAAACCUUUGAAUUUUGAUAAACAUUUGAAUUAGAUCAAUGAUGUUUGCUUUAAGCCUUUUUUUUCUCCAUAUGAAAUGUAAGAUAUUUUUGCACAUUUUUGUUUAGCAGUAGAUUGUUUCCAGAAAACAUUUUACUGACAACAAUUAAGAUAACUAGAUUUUUUUGUUGUUGCUUUUGUUGAGUUCCUCUGUACAUUAAGGUUCUGAAAUGUUUUAUGGUUUGCUGAAUACAUUAAU